AUGGAUAGGACCAUUGGUGUGAGAGACCCGGAGGUUGAAGUCUUCAUAGUUGGACGCAAUGUCACCUUAGAUAAAAUCCCUCGACUUGACACAACGAAUUCGUCUGUGGACAUUGAUCUCAUUGGGAUCGCCAAGAACAACAAUGAAACAAGAUCAGCUGCUGUGGCUUUCAUGAGUUAUAACACAAUGGAGAAUCUACUGAAGCCAGACUUCUUCAACACAUUAAAUAACACUGUUAAAACCAUGAUGUCCACUGUGAUCUCAGCUACUCUUCCCAAAACCACCAACACUAAACUCACCAAACCAGUCAACUUCACCUUCAAGCACAUCAGAGAGUUUGACCCCAACGGUUCUCUGUCCUGUGUGUACUGGAAUAUCAGUGAGUGGAUUGUAGAUGGUUGUUCUGUUUUAGAGACCAACAGCAACUACACUGUGUGUUCCUGUGUUCAUCUGUCCACAUUCGCUCUCAUCAUGCAAACCAGCCGCCCAUCAGAGCGUGACUCACUGCUGGAGCUGUUGAAUUUGGUGUGUGUGCCCGUGGGUCUGGUGUUCUUCAGUUUGGCCCUGUUGACCUUUGCCUUUUGUCAGUGGAGUCCUGGAGUAAAUAAUGUAGCUCGAAUCAACCUCUGCAUCAGUCUUCUGUCGGCUCACCUUCUGUUCCUGCUCACACAACAGUUCCUGAGACUCAUACGCCCUCAUCAGGUGUUGUGUGCCGUGAUAUCAGGAGCGCUGCACUUCCUCUUUCUCUCCGGCUUUGUGUGGAUGUUCAUUGAAGCUGUGCUGCUCUUCAUCUGUGUGAAGAACCUAUCACAGAUCAGCUCCAAAAAGAGGGAGGUGCUUAGCAGUGGAUUCCUGUGUGUGAUUGGAUAUACGGUUGCUCUGGUUGUAGUGUCCGUGUCUGUCGGGCUGCUUCCUGAAGGAUACGGCAGUGAACACUGCUGGAUUAAAAUGGAUAAAGGUUUUAUCUGGAGUUUUCUGGGUCCUGUUUGUGUCAUACUAGCAUUAAACAUGAUUCUCCUCAUCAACAUCAUCAUCAAUCUGAACUCAACUCUCAAAAAUCUGAACGCUAAAGUUUCACAGAUGAAACAAUCAAAGAUUAGGACAUUUAAAACACUGGCUCAGUUUGUGAUUCUUGGUUGCUCCUGGAUUCUGGGUUUCUUCACUAAUGACAGGAAGGAGCUGGAGAUCAUCUUCCUGAUCUUGAACUCCCAGCAGGGAACCUUCAUCUUCCUGGUCUAUUGUGUCCUCAAUAAUGAGGUCAGACAGCAGUACAGGAAGUGCUUCAGACGUCUUUGCUGUGGACUCAAACAAAACUGAGGACCACAGCAUCAUGAUCAGGAAAUGAAAAGUGCCAUUAUUAUAGGGGUAUUUUAUAUAUCAGAGUGAUUGUUUUGGAAAUUUUAAAUUCAUCAUAAAUUCAUAAUCUCAACUUGAAUUAUAGAAAAACAUGUUAUACGAGUGUCUUAUUUUAUAGGUGUUUAUGGUAUUGAUGUAAUGAUCUUACAUUUUAUUUAGUCUUUUGUAAACAGUAAUUUUGUGGUGGAGGGUGAAUUAUUAUUAUUUAUUUAUUUUUUACAGUUUUCUCAGAAUAAUUAAGCUGAAAUAUUUUCAAGUAAAUGUUGGGCGAAAAAACAACAACCUAAAAACUGUUUUUUAUGGUAAGGGAAAAUAAGUUAUAAAGUUGUAAAUUUGUUAAUGUUGCAAAAUUAUAUUUUUGUUUGUGAAAUUCAGAAAGCUGUUUCUUUUUGUAAGGGCCUAAUUUACAGUAAACUACUUUAAAUAUGUUUCAUACUAAAUAUGUCAUAAAUGUAUUUUCAAGAGGGAGGGCCAGAGGAUUUAUCGGUAUAGUGAUAUUAAUUUAAAAAACAAAGCUAUAAAAAAUGUAUAAAAAAAUUAAA